AUGAGUAAAGUAAGCUUUUCUAGUGAUAUAUAAAACUUUUAAAAUAAAUCAAUACAAGGGAGGAUAUUUGAUUAGAAUGGAGUAAAAAGCUUAAAAGGAGAUCAUGAAUAUAUUAAUUCAUCAUCAUCACAUUAUUAUGGUAAAGAUGAUAAAGAUAUUAUUGCAGCAUAAGAGGGAAAAAGCUUUUCAAUAUUAAAUGAAAACAAACAGCAAUUCCAAGAAACUUUCAUGGAUGAAAGUAAGCUAGUCAAGAAGUUUAGUGAAGCCUAAUUAAUAAGUCAACUAAAUAUUUUAUGUGAGCAAUCAUCUACUUUGAUAAAACAAAAUGUUGGUGAUAGCACUGGAAUAAGAAAUUAAAAUGACAAAUAAGAUGAUUCAGUAGCAGAUUCAGAUAGCUAAUUCCAUAAAAUAAAUAAAUAGAAUUUGAGAAAUAAUUCAUUAAAAAAUGAUGAUAACUAAAAUUGCUCAGAAGAUUAUAAAUAGGAUGAUUUAGCGGACCCAGAAUCUUGCCAAAAUAUAGAAUAACAUGUCUAAAUUUAAAGUAAAAAUAAUAUUUAAAAUAAUCCAGUAAAUAAUAAUAACAACCCAGCAGAUGCAAGAUAAAGUAUAUACAACUAUUAAAAAGCUGCAAAUAUAAUUAACAGUAUUAUAAAUAAAUCUAUGAGUAGAGUUUAGCGUGUGAAUAAUCAUGUUGAAAAUUUUAUCUUACAACUUAAAUACAGGAUGAAUAACAGAAAGUUUGAAGAUUUAUCGGAGAAUCAGCUUAAAAUAUUGAAUGACUUGGUUUACUUUCAUCAAAAAAAGAAUCAAAAUGAUUCGUAUUUUACCGAAUAAUACUUUCUGUACACUUUCAUAGUGUUUUUAUUUGACAUUUUGGUUAACUUCAAUACAGCAUAUUUUAAUCAGGAUUCUAUCAUCACAAAUAGAAAAAAGAUAUCCUUGAAGUAUUUAACCUCUAUAAUAUUCUUAACUGAUUCUAUCUCUCUUUUUGUUAUGGGAUAUAAGGUAACAAAUAAAAAUACAAAUUUAGUCUACAAUCCCUCUAACUCAUUUAGCACUUUUGUAGUGAAUUUGUUAAUUUUCCUUAAGUUAAAUGGUAUUCAGCCAAAAAUAAAUCGCUUCAGCUAUGCAUUCACACUAAAAGAAAGCUAAAAGCAUGUGAUUAGGCUUUUUAAUUAGCUACUAACUGUCCUUGCAGUUGCUCAUACAGUAAGUCUUGGUUGGUAUUUUUUAGGUUUAUAUGAGCUAUAAAAUGGUUUUUCUAAUCCAUGGAUAUAAAAAUACUAAUUAGAUGGAUUAACUUAAUUAUAGAAAUACAUUUAUUCGAUGUAUUGGGCUAUAACAACAAUGACUACAGUUGGAUAUGGAGAUAUAUCAGCAUGCAAUUAUAUAGAAGCACUUUUCAUAUCGAUAUCAAUGAUUCUAUUUAGUUGCGUCUUUGCGUAUUCUAUAAAUAAUAUUGGGUUUAUACUCUAAGAAAUAGAAAAAUCAUCUAAGCAAUUAAAUGAUAACAUAACUACUAUUUAGAGGUAUCUUAACAGAAAAAAUGUUUGUAUAUCACUUAAAAGUAGAGUAAGACAUUAUUUAUCAUUCUUGGCUGAGGAGUAGAAAGACAGAAAUUAAAGCCAAGAAAAUCAAAUUUUAUAAACUUUAUCUAAUAAAUUAAGAAAUGAAAUCACGAUAGAAAUAAAUUCAAGAAUAUUAAAAAAUUUUUCAAUUUUCACUGCAAAUUUUUCAUCUUAAACUUUAAGGAAAUUAGUUUUCAUAAUGGAAGAAGUUCUUAUUUCUCCCAACGAAAUUAUAUUUGAGCAAGAAGAUCAUAAUGAUUAAUCUAUAUAUUUUGUUGAAAGUGGAGCUAUUGAAAUUUAUCAAAUAAGCCCUCCAAGUUUAAGCGCGAGUAAUUUUAGUGGUAACAGUGUAAAUAACAUUCAUGUGAUAAAAUAAAUUCAACAAAAUGAGCUUUUUGGAGAAAUAUCCUUUUUUUCUGGGUUAGCCAGAAAGGCAUGUGCAAGAAGUUUAAAUUUAUCAACUUUAUAUAAAAUUGACAGAUAAAAAUUUAUUGAUUUGGUUAAAGAAAAUGAUGAAGAUUUUGAAAGAUUUAAAAUGAUGGAAGAAUAAAUAAAAAUACAAUAAGACUUACCUUAAGUUUUUAUAUCAUGCUAUGUUUGCUAAUAAGGAGGCCAUAUCGCUUGCAACUGUCCAAAAAUACAUUAAAUAUUCGAUAAAUAAUAUAAAAUCUUGAAAUACAAUUUCAGUAUAUUUUAAGAUAGGCAAUUUUUUGAAAGAUCUCAUAAAAAGAGUAGAAUAGAUCCUUGGAUACAUAUUGAAAAUAACAAAAAAAUUUAACAUGUUUUAAAAUAAAAUUUGAAAUAUUAUAAUUCGAUGGUUGAAAUUUUGUUUAAAACUGAUAAUGAACUAAAAUCUUAAGAAUCUAAUGAUAAUAAAAGCGAUUAAGAAUACUGCUCUAGUUCAAAUUAGUCUUCUUCUAAUGAAUAAUAAGGUUCAAAUUCUUCAUUAAAUUGUUAUCCUACUUAAAUUGAAAAAAGUUCUAUGUUUAAAAGCGAGAAAACUAAAAGCAUGAAAAAAAUGAAAUCGAAAAUGAAGACUAAAAAAUCGUUUAAAAACCUAUAAUCGAUAAAAAAAGAAGAAACUAAUCAAAUCUUUAAUAGCUAUAAAGAUUUUCAGUAUCUUGAGAGCUUUCUAAAUGGAGAAUAAAGUAGUAAUUUAGCUUCAAAAAAUGCUUAAUUAUCAAAUAGCUUUAAUUCCCAAGCCGAAUAAAACUAGUAUCCUCAUGAUUACUAAAACGACUUAUAAAAAGUAGAAAGUUUUUGCUAAAAGUCAGAUAGAGAGUAAUACUUAGAUAGUUAAAUAUUAGAAAAUGAAAAAAAUGAAGAUUUAAUUUAUUCUAAUUUGCAAUAAGUUCCAAAAAUGUAGAGUUAACAAUCAAAUCAAAUUAUAAAAGAUUCAAUAGCUAAUAACUAUUAAGAAGGAUAUAAAAUUAGAAAGAAAGAUAAAAAAAGAAAUAUGACCACUUAAAUAAUUUAGCAAACAUAAAAAAGAAAUAGUUAUGAUGAAUUAAGCUCAAGCACAAAUUAAAAUGAAGAAAAGCUUAGGUCACUUUAAAGCUCUAUCCGUCAAAAUAGUAGUUCUAAUAAAAAACCAGCCAAGAUGCUAUCUUCUGAGAUGGGUCUAAGACCUUCGAUAGAGAUGCUUGUAUCUAAUAGCAUAUAGUCUUACAUAGAAAAAAAUACGAUUCAAAGUUUCUACAACGAAUCUAUAUAAAAUAGCUCAGUAGAGGUAAAAGGAGGAGCAUCAGUUAAAUUCGAAGAGCCAAAAUCUUAAAAUCACUUUUAAAAUUAUCUUUAAAAUCUAGCUUACAAUUACAUAUAGAAUGCUUAAUAAAAUAAUUCUUCUAAUAACUUGAAAAAAUAAAACCAAAGCAGUAAAUUCCAAGAAUAAAGCCAAAAGCAGCUAAAUAAAAAUUAAGAAAUCAAAUAAGCUUUAUAACUUUUAGGUAUUCCUGCCAACAAUGAAAUUUUUUCUAAUCCCCAGCAACUGGGAUUACUCUUAAAUAAGCAAAGCAUUGAUUAUUAUAUUGAGGCGGCAAGGAAUCAGCGUUCAGGAUCUACUAAUGAUGAGGAUUCAAAAUAUAAUGAGCUUAUUAUGGAUUAGUUUGAUUUGAUAAAUAAUUUUAAAAAAUUUUUCCCUCAUAAUAAUUUUAACUAUAUAUUUAGCAAAAAUAAAAAUAAAAAACAAAUUUUAUUUAAAAAGCUAAAACCAAACAAAGUAAUAUCUCCUCCAAUUAAAGAAAGGAGGUAAAAUAUUUUGUUAAAUUUACCAAGAAAGUCUUAAUUUUGUAAUGGAUUAUUGUAAAAUGCAACAUCACAAAUUAAUUUAGCAAGCUAUAAGCCAACUUUCUUGUCAUAUGGAGUCUCAUAAAAGUCAGAAUCAUUGUAUCCAAAAAAUAAUUUAAAAUAAAACUUAGGAGAGUUAUUAAAUGUCGUAUGA